GGAGCAAGCAGUUCUUGCGACGUCUGCCGCGCAACACGCCAUUACUUGUCUGAGAAGUACCGGAAGCUGCGCGCUCCGCAUUCUGUUGGAUUCCACUCCUCCUGUCUGAAACCCCGAAGUAUUUCACUCACCAGCGCGGGAUUGACUUAUGGCAUCCAAAGGGAAGGCUAGGGAAGAUGUUCACUGGCAGCUUGGUUGGUGGGAUGUAGCUCACUCGCUCGGAAGCGCCCGAAGACCUGUAGUAUGGUCCAGGUCAUCGAUAAUAUACACUGCACAUCCUACUAAGCCGGUCAUUCUGGCUCGCCACUUUCCGUCCUCUAGUCGUUUCGAGAUACCCUCUCCAACACCGAUACCUACCAAGACCGCUCCGUAUGAUCCUCCCACUGUCAUCAGUGUCUCUCCUACGGAUGAUUGGCUGUUCGCAUAUUUCCCUGGACGCGGCUGUGAUGGCGCGGGGUGCCUAUAUCGGAGAGGGCCCCAGCUUGACAGCUGGAAAGAGCGCGAAUGGUGGGGCUUCGCUCCCGGAGCGGGAGUAGUCACCGCUGAAUGGACGAGCUCGCAAAGAGAAUGGCUCGUCACAGACACAGGCUCCACGCGUCUGCCUCCUCGUGGGCCGCUCACCACGUUAUCUUGCCCGCUGCUGAUGCUGGUCACUCAGAACCAUCAGAUAAAUCUCUGUUACUUGCCACCUUUUGUGCCGUCGUUGAAAAUCAUGAGAGCUUCUCUCCUGCAAGCCAGCAGCAGCAACGAAAUGCAAUCUAUAGUGGGAGAUGACUUCAGUACCGUCGCGGGUGGUCAGAGCGUCUGCAUGAACGCGUCCAUCGGAAUGGGUUACAAUGAUUCUUCCAUUUUGAUUGCAAUGCGCACUCACAUCCUGCCAUCGCCCAAGUCCACACAAUCUACGUUUCCGUCUGUGGACAUGGAACUGCCUAUAGAUAUCUCUCAACCUGGUCCGUCUCAUCAUAGUGCACCAUCACUUGAGUGGGAGACAUGGGGCGAGGAGCCCAUGAUCCGCUUAUGUGAGGUGAAACUUUCCUUUAAAUUAAGUUCUCUUGGCGUGACGACAACACCGCUUCCGCCAAUUGUCGAUACUGGCGAACAUUUAUAUGACUUGGUGUUUUUGAGUAUCCCUCCUCAGCUUGAUAACGCCUCCGGAUCCAACACUAGCAAGGCGAACGAAGGUCAUCGGCACUUGGCUGUUAUUUUUCAUGACUUUGGCAACUUCGGUGCAAUCCCCGAGUCUGAACUGAGUGUGUAUUCAGUUGUGAAGAAGAUCGAGGAAGACCUUUCAUCCGAUAGCAAGGCUUCGUCCGCCUGGGUUGCGGAACUCGAAUCGUCACAGCAUUACGAUGACAGAGUGCUAGCCUUCGCAGCGCCGUCGCCGCAGAGAGACGCUGUACUGGUCGGCUUUCUGGAUGCCCGAGGCGUAGAAUCCUCUUCCAAACGGAAGACUAAGGAGUCGCCAAUAGGGCGGAUAAUUGUUCUGAAGUUACCGGACCUGAGCAUUGACGAUACAUGGCAAGAGGCUCCCAUUAUGACAGGUAUCACCAGCAUCAGUCGGGGUAUUCCUGUCAGCGUGGCCUAUUCACCUAAUAGAAGUCUCCUAUGCAGCGUGUCCUCCUUGCUUUCCGUGGAGUCUCAAGUGUCGAUUCAUGCACUUCCGCGUAGAGGGAACGUAGAUCCCGCCUCAAAGGAUCCCUAUGCGGUGUUCAGGAUGGAUCUCGCGUGUGCUAUUGCAUCCGCUAUCCGAGCAAGGACUUCACCUUCUGAUAUCAUCCAUCUCUUAUCCUUGCCUUCUAUAACCACGGAGAUCGUAGCGAACACCCUGAAAAAAGUGCUGUCGCUCUUGCAGAAAGGUCCGAAUGGUCAAUUCGAGCUUUGGGCCGACGAGGUGCUCGGAGUUGCAACAGAGGUGUACUUGGAGGGAGCACGCCACGCAGCGAAUGACGGAAACAGAGAGGGCUUGGCGGCACGUUGGAAGAUAGCGCAUGAGAUCCUGUCCUUAAGAGCCUGCUGCAGUGCAUUCGAGCAAUGUCAAGAAGGGCAAGCAUAUGAUCUCGAUGCCAUCUGGCAAUUGGUGUGCCUAACGAGAUGGUUCGUCGAGUUUCUCGAAGAGCUACUCAAGAACUGUGUGCUCGCCAGUGACAGUUUGAAGCUAACGUCCGAAGCUGACCCUUCUCUACGGCCGAGCAGUCCGUCACUGGACUUCAGCAAUUUCCUGCAUCUCAUUCACCCCUUGUCACUCGGGCAAGUGCUUGACAUGCUAAACCAUGUCAAACGUUUCCGGGAUCACAUUUCAUCAUUGUCCGCCAAAUCAGAGAAUGCACAGAUUGCGAAGGACGUGUUAAUGGACAUUGUUACAAGCUCUGGUAUCAAAUUGGAUCAGCUCAGGCAAGAAUUGGGGCAGACGCUGCAACGUGCAAAGGGUCUCAGCACCGACGAUCUUCAACUGGCACUUGUAUCCUGCUCCCCAUUACCAUCUUUCAAGAGACACAUCCACGAAGUUAUCGACACACUGGUUAACUCGAAAACCGUCGAUCGCCGUCAUUUAUUUGUGAGACCAGCCGACUUAGUCGACGGAUUGGCCGGGGCCGAUGUGAUGGGGCGACAUACUCAGACUAAGCUCAUGGAUGUCGUCACGAAAGAGUUUUUAUCCAACGGGCGGAUUGCGGCGUCGUGUGUUCGAUGCGGCGGAACCACUGAAAUAGGUCUCCAGGACACUGCAGAUACUUCUCGUCGAUGGAAGAUCUGGGAGAGAAGAUGGAUGCACAGCUGCGUGUGUGGAGGGCAUUGGAUGAAGUUUGCAACAAGAAUAGCUGUUUCGUCUGCUUCCUAAUGUACAAUUGUACCUAUCAAUGAUUCUCAUACUAUUGAGUCGGCGACACAGAUUUUUCGCUCUAAAUGCAGUCUAGUCAACCACGAUCGCAUCAUGUAAAUC